AUGGUGUUAGAAAGUACUAUGAUUUGUGUUGACAAUAGUGAUUUUAUGAGAAAUGGUGAUUUUAUACCGACCAGACUACAAGCUCAACAAGAAGCAGUCAAUUUAGUCUGCCAUUCUAAAACUCGCUCGAAUCCAGAAAAUAAUGUUGGGCUUUUAACACUUUCUAACAGUGUUGAAGUUUUAGCAACUUUAACCUCAGAUGUGGGACGUAUUAUUUCCAAACUUCAUGGGGUACAACCCAAUGGAAACAUUAAUUUGCUUACUGGGAUUAGAAUCGCUCAUUUAGCUUUGAAACAUAGACAAGGGAAAAAUCAUAAAAUGAGAAUAGUUGUAUUUGUCGGAAGUCCAAUAUAUGUUGAAGAGAAAGAAAUGAUAAAAUUAGCCAAAAGACUUAAAAAGGAAAAGGUUUGUGUCGAUAUCGUCAGCUUCGGAGAAGAGGCUGUGAAUAAUGAAAUUCUCAUAAGCUUUAUCAAUACAUUAAAUGGAAAAGAAGGGAGCACAAGUCAUUUAGUAACAGUUCCUCCUGGUCCUCAUUUGUCUGAUGCUUUGAUCUCUUCUCCAGUUAUUCAGGGAGAAGAUGGAGCUGGUGGAGCUGGUCUUGGAGGUUCAGGAUUUGAAUUUGGUGUUGAUCCAAAUGAAGAUCCUGAGUUGGCCCUGGCUCUAAGAGUUUCUAUGGAAGAACAACGUCAACGUCAAGAAGAGGAGGCACGAAGAAAUCAAGCUGGCACACCUCAAGUACGAGAAAGACCUCCUGCUGUAGAAGAAGCUCCAAAUGAAGAAAUUAUGUUGAAAAGAGCUUUAGCAAUGUCUAUGGAAACAGAAGAAACUUCCCCAGCCCCAGUUCCAGAUUUUGAAAAUAUGACUGAAGAAGAACAAAUUAUUUUUGCCAUGCAAAUGUCAAUGCAAGAUGCUAAUGAAGAUGAUAAAGAAGGUAAAAAUGAAGAAACUAACAUGGAAGUGGAUGGAGAAGGUGAUUUGGCUGAAGUUAUGCAAGAUCCUGAAUUCAUAGCUAGUGUUUUAGAAACCCUUCCAGGAGUGGAUCCGAAUGAUCCCAACGUCAGACAACUUCUUGCUAACAUAUCUAAAGACAAACUUGAUGAUAAAAAUAACACUGAAGAAAAGGAUGAUGAAAAAAAAUAA